AAAUAAAUUAUUUUAUUAACCACAUUAACGUUAUUUACAGUUAUCUGAUAUGAAUGGUUCAUGACUAUGAAGAUAGCAAAAAUUUUUUACUUUGUUAAAUUAUUAAUGUGUAAAGUGGAUCAUCGUGAAUUUUUGUUCUUAUAUAAUUUUUCUCAUCAUGUGGUAUAUGUGGUAUGAGCACGCAAUCACGCAAUGAUGUUAUUAUAUCUAUAAUCAUGAAUGGAAAAAAAAUAAGUGUUUCACUUAUCACUCUUCAUCACCCUUCUCUUUAUUACCUUCCCAACUUCCCUCUCUUUGUCGUCUCUUUUCUCUCACUCUCCCCUUCGUCUCUUUCACUCCUCCCUUCCUUCUUCUUCCCACUCUUGUCAUUUCUCCCUCUCUCACUUCUUCCAUUUUUUUCUUCCUCUCCCUUCUCGCUUACUCCCUUCCUUUUCUUCUUCCUUAUAUUAUCAUAUACCUUUUUCGUCUUUACGUUAAGAAAUUGUAGGUGUUUUGAGUAUAUUUUGAUGGAGUAGCAUGAUGCUAUGCACGGGUGGG